AUGGGAGAGGAUGAGAGAAUAAAUAUUAAAUGCCUGACUGAAAUUUUUAAGUGUCCAGUUAAACUAGAAUGGAGAAAAUACUUAAACGACAGGGUAAAACCUGGUGAAAUUAUUCUAAGUGUUUCGGAUUUGAAAAAUGGUCAAGAAAUUACAGUGAUUAAAUCUAUAUGUCACGGAAAAAUAGCAAGUUGUUUGACUCCAAAAAGUUGUGAGAUUAUCUCAGUAAAAGAACAGAGUACUGGAAAUGACAAUAUUUCAGAGUUGGAAAUAAUUGAGAUUAAAGAUUCAGAGGAGGAUUGUAAUGAGAAAUCUGUGUUACAUAUUAAACAAGAAAACCCAAAUUGCCAUAAUAAUAGAUACUAUUUUGGUUACUAUUUGUGUGACCACACCACAUUUUUGAGUAAUAUAUGUGUAGAAUGUGGAUUUAUUCUCCAAACAAAGAAUCAAUUUUGUACUAGUAAUAAAUUGAUGAAUAGAGACGGAGCUGGAAAUAGCAAUGAUGAGACAGCGGAAAUACAUUCUAAUAGCAGAGAUAGACAUGAUUAUAAAACAGGUAACCAUUAUAACAAGGAUGGAAAUGAAAGGAUGUUAAUAAAUGCAGGUUUUCUUUCAAAUAGUAAUGAUAUUAAAUUUAAUAAACACUAUGUUGAUAAACAAGAAAAAUCUUUUAUAUUUGAAUUGUUAUAUAUUAAAAGAAAGCUAAACCUGGUUUUGGACCUGGAUAAUACUCUAAUACAUGCAUCUUCCAACCUACCAGAAAAUAAGAAAAAGGAAGAAUUUAUUUCAAUUAAAGAGAUUAUGGAAAAUGAAAUAACUGAAGAAAUUUAUAAUAAAUAUUGUGGUAGUGUUGUAAUGCUUGAAAGUAAAUCACUAAAUACUGAACUACUUCCAAAGGGAAUUGAUGUGAUUCCUCAUUAUAUUGAUGAGACAGACCCAAAAAUUCAGAUUUAUUUUAAACUUUUAGAGAGUUUGGUGUUUUGUAUUCCAUUUGGGAACUAUAUAAAUUCAGGAACAGAAAAACCACGAAUUAGUUCAAGUUGGAGUUUUGGUUACUACAAAUUAAGACCAGGAGUAAUUAAUAUGCUAAAAACUCUUUCUAAAGAAAAGUAUGAAAUCUAUAUGUACACAAUGGGAACAGAGUACCAUGCAUAUACUUCACUUAGAAUUUUGGAUCCAGAAUUACGUUUUUUUCAUUCAAAAAGAAUAUUUUAUAGAAAUAAUGGUUUUAAAGAUACUUCAAUUAAAAGUUUAAACACUUUGUUUCCGUAUGACCAUCGUACUUUGGUAAUUUUGGAUGAUAUUGAACAAGCCUGGAGUGACAUUAAUUCAUUAUUAAAGGCUUAUCCAUAUAACUUUUUCCCAAGCAAUUCAAUUCCAAAUGAUUCUGGGAGUUUUUCUAGGUAUAUCUCACAAAUCAGAACCAAUAAUAAGUGGAGUCAGCUAAUUAAGAAGAAAAGGACAAGAAGUGAUCAAGAAGCUGAGAAUGAUAUUAAAGAAAAGAAUGAAGUAGAUAGCCAUAAAAUUGAUAAGGACAUGGCUAAAGACCAAUCUUCUAUUGAUAUUAUUAAGGAAAUCAUUAAAUCUGAAAAAGAUCUUCAGUUGUUGAUAUUCCAAAAGUUACUAAUAGCUAUUCAUGAUGCCUACUUUAAAGAGUUUGACGCAGCUUUAAGCAAGAAAAGUGAGUUCCAAGAUGAGGAUUCUUUGAUCCAAAUGGUUUACAAGGAGGCACCAAAUAUUUCAAAUAUAAUUAAGAUAAUGAGGAAAGAAGUUCUUAAAAAUUGUACUUUGCAGUUCACUGGAUUCAAUAAUAAAUUCUUUUACAACUUUGUGGAUUCAGAUUUAUAUAAGUGGUGUAGGUAUUUUGGUUCAAGUUUAUUAGAUAAUAACACCAAAAAUAGUUCGGAGAAACUGCUUGCAACCCACUGCAUAUGUGAGCAAUUAUAUACAGAAAAAUAUCAUCAUGCAAAAGAAAAAGGAAUACCAUGUAUCAACAUUUUGUGGCUUGAGUCCAUAAUUUAUACGUGGAUUAGCCCUUGUAAUAUAAAUAUAAAUAACCCUUUACUUAAUGAUCCUGUAAAUUCUGACUACUACUCACCUUUUGAAACAUUAAAUUUCACUAACAAAGAAUCUUCAGAUUAUAUAGAUUUUGAAAAUUAUAGCUACUCUUAUCUUUACUCUACAAAUACUUCUGAGUCACUAAAAGAACAACUAUGGGAAGAAGCCUUUAAUGAUAUCUCUUUUUCUAUGGGAGAAGAUGAUGAUGACGAAAAUAUAUCUGGAACAGAUUCAAACUCUUCAUUGGAUUAUCUCCAUAACCGCUCACCUCACUCAUCUUCUGAUGAAAGAACAAACUCAGAAUUUGUAGAAAUUUCAGAAUCUGAAAUAACCGAAAAUUCUGAUUAG